GCCGGGAAUGCGUGUAAAUAGACUGCAAAUUAGUCUUUUUUUCAAGUGCCAGAGAGUCGAACCAUGAUUCGGAGUCGAUAUAACUUGUACUUCAAAUGGGAUUGAGGCGACACACCGAAAUUGACAGUAUUGGGCCCGCAUUCAGGCUGAUCUACCAAGUUGUCGAUCCGUGUACUAGCAGUGACAAGGGCGUUGAACGAGUGGGUACCCAGUAUAAGCUUGAUGGAAAUAUUGCUGCCUUCGGUUUGGCGCAUGGUGAAAAUUUCAAAAUCAUUCUGGCCUACAGACGGUACGGAUGUCGAUUGGAAAGUGGAACCAGUGGAGCUGCGUUUUUCUGCGUGGCUUUCAAUGUCAGGGUCAUGGCCAUAUACUUCUCAAUUAUUACUGAUCCGAUUAGUGCUCUUGCUGUGAUGAAACGUUGGCUUGGCUUGAUGUCAUGGUUGAGUAGUUCGAUCAUUUCCUUAGUCAAUUCAGUGCAGUGGCGUUUGGUUAAGUAUCGGGAAUAUGCUCCAAAUUCACCAAUGCUGUUGACUGUAUCGCGAGUUGGAAACAUUGUUUGAGGAGAUGCCUCUUGAACAGCACGACUUACAGUGAGUGGUGUUGGUUUCUCCUAUUGCUUACCAGAAGGCCUAAUUGUAUGUAUGUUGAGAUGGCUUGUGGUCUAAAAUCUAGUGAUUAAGAACGAUACAAC